AUGAGCCACACGUUUGAUAGAAAGAAACCUCCUCAACUUAAAGUAUUAAAGGUUCCAACAAUUGAUAGUGAAAUACCCAUACCUCGUCUACUUGAACAAGGUGGUGAAAGUCUGACGGAAGGAGUUGAUGAAGUUGAUGAAGUUGGUGGAAACGACUAA